AUGGCCGUAAAGUAUGCCAAAGACCAGCCUCCAGGCUUCUCCAAUCGCAUUGAACGGGUGGCUAUUGUUGGCGCUGGUGGGACCAUCGGUCAUUAUAUCGCUACAGAGCUUGUCAGGACAGGCAAGCACACAGUUACUGGUUUAACCCGGCCAUGCAGCAAGAACAAGCUGCCGGAAGGCGUGAAGCCUUUCUACAUCGACUACGAUGAUGAAUCAACCCUUGUCAAGGCCCUGCAAGGCCAACAGUUUCUCGUAAUAACCAUGUCUGUCAUGGCACCACCGGAUACUCACGCCAAAUUAAUUCGAGCAGCAGCCAAAGCCGGUCUCCCAUAUGUAAUGCCCAAUGCCUAUGGCUCCGACUUCACCAACGACGCUUUGGCCAAGGAGACUCGCAGAGGAGACGUGAUUCGCAAGUCUCUCCAGGAAAUCGAGGCCACAAAUGUCUGCUCGUGGAUCGCGCUCGUCUGUGGCUUCUGGUAUGAGUUUAGUAUGGCUCGGGGAGCGGAGUGUUUCGGGUUUGAUGUGCAGAGAAAGCAUCUCACCCUUAUUGAUAACGGGAACACUAAAAUUAACAUUAGUACUUGGGAUCAAUGUGGCCGUGCAGUUGCCGCUCUUUUGAAUCUAAAGGAGCUGCCGGAUGGUCCAGGCGAUACGAGCCCAACAGUGAGCACAUGGAAGAAUAGACCUCUGUACAUUGCUAGCUUUACGAUAAGCCAGAGGGACAUAUUCGAGAGUUGGAAAAGGGUCACCGGCGAUAAGGACGAGGAAUGGGCCCUUGAAUACGCGCCAAGCCACGAACGGUACGCUCAAGGCCAGGAACGGUUGGAGAAGGGUGACAAACUGGGAUAUGUUCAAAUGUUAUACACGCGGCAAUUCUACCCCAAUGGGGACGGUAACUUUGGAGAGAAGCAUGGCCUGGCUAAUGAUGCCCUGGGAUUGCCCCGAGAAAAUCUCGAUGAAUGUACCAAGCGUGCCAAGGAGAUGAUUGAAGACGGCUUCGCUUAUCACUGA